AAAUUGCGGACCAACAUGCCGGAACUGAAAUCAGAGAUAAAAGCAGUAUUUUCCAUCAAUGGAAAGCAGUAUGAAGUGGACAGUUCAAUUCCUCCAAAUACAUCACUCAAUACUUACAUAAGAGACUAUGCAAACCUCAAAGGAACAAAAGCAAUGUGUCAUGAAGGUGGUUGUGGAGCAUGCAUUGUCAUGCUUACAAAGAAACAUCCUGUUAGUAAAAAGGAGCAAUCUUUUGCAAUCAACUCUUGUCUGAUGCCAGUAUUUUCAUGCCAUAAUUGUGCUGUAACAACAAUUGAGGGAAUUGGAAAUGCAAAAAUUGGUUACAAUACAGUGCAGAAAACUCUGGCUGCAUUCAAUGCUACUCAGUGUGGGUACUGUUCCCCUGGGAUGGUAAUGAACAUGUACAGUUUGCUCCAGAGUGGGAGAGAUGUAACAAUGGAGGAUGUUGAAAAUUCUUUUGGUGGUAAUAUAUGCCGUUGCACUGGAUACCGACCAAUACUAGAUGCCUUCAAAUCCUUAUGUACAGAUGCUACAGCAGAGCUCAAGCAAAAGAUUCCUGAUAUAGAGGACUUUGCAGAAAAAAUUUGCAAAAAGAAUGGAAAACCAUGCAAGAAACUUUGCACUGUCGAAAAUGGGGUCUGCACUCAAACAGUGCCUUCAUCGUUACACGUAGAGCUGCAUUCAACGGAAUGGUACAAAGUUGAAACAAUCAACAGUAUUUUCAGUAUACUGGAGAGCAAAUCAAAUAAAAAGUACAUGCUUGUAGCUGGUAACACAGGUCAUGGUGUGUAUCGGAGAGAUCCUGACAUUGAAAUAUUCAUAGACAUUAGUGAUGUCUCGGAGCUCAAAGGACACAGCAUCAAUUCUCAACUGAUUAUUGGAGGAAACAUGACUCUAACAGAAGCUAUGGAAUUAUUUUACAAUAUUUCAAAGACUAAUAAAAACUUCAGCUACACGAAAGUGUUGGCAGAUCAUAUAGAUUUGGUUGCAAACGUUCCAGUCCGAAAUGCUGGAACUAUUGCUGGAAAUCUCAUAUUAAAACAUGAGCACCCAGAAUUUCCAUCAGAUAUUUUCCUGAUGUUGGAGGCUGUUGAUGCAAAAAUUGAUAUAAUUGACAAGACUGGAGCACAGACUGUCAGUCCACUGGAGUAUUUGGAAGUUGACAUGAAGCAGAAGAUUAUAAAGAGCAUUACUUUGCAGCCCUAUGAUGAUAAUUAUUUCUUAAAAACCUACAAGAUUAUGCCUAGAGCUCAAAAUGCACAUGCUUAUGUAAAUGCAGGAUUUUUAUUUAACUUGGAUAUGAAGAAUGUUGGCAAAAUAAUUUCCAGACCUAGAAUAGUGUUUGGAGGCAUUUCAGCUCAGUUGGUUCAUGCUGCAGAAACAGAGAUAUUCUUGGAGGGUAAAAAUAUUUUUGAAUUGGACAUCCUGCAAAAAACACUGAAAAUUUUAGAUUCUGAGCUUACACCUUCAGAGACACCACUGGAGGCUUCACCAGAAUACCGUAAGAAUUUGGCUGAAGCUUUGCUAUACAAGUGUGUGCUGAGUAUAUCUCCGGAAACAGUACGACCUGUACUCAGAAGUGGAGGUGAACUGCUGAAGAGGCCAUUAUCAUCUGGGAAACAAGACUAUGACACACAUAAGGAAUUGUGGCCCCUUGGAAAGCCAGUGCCAAAAAUUGAAGCUCUUGUGCAAUGUUCUGGUGAAGCAAAGUAUGUGAAUGAUGUACUCACUAUUCCUGGUGAAUUAUAUUGUGCAUUUGCUGUAACUGAAAUUGCAAAUGGUCAUAUCAGAAGUAUAGAUGCCACAGAUGCUUUGGCUGUUCCAGGUGUAGUUGCUUUUUAUGAUGCAAAAGACAUACCAGGAAAGAACAACUUUUUUCCUAAAAUGAUUUUUAGCUAUGAAGAUGAAGAGCUAUUUUGUUCUGGGAAUGUUAAGUACAAUGGACAACCAGUGGGGGUUGUUGUAGCACAAUCUCAUGAUACUGCAGUCAAGGCUGCUAAGUUGGUGAAGAUAGACUACGAUGUUGUAAAUAAGCCUGUAAUUCACUUUAGAGAGGUAAUAAAGUCUGGUGAUAAAAGUAGAAUGGAUGUAGCAGGAGAAAUGAAGCCAACAGAAACUGGACGAAAAGAGAAGACUAAGCAUGUAAUUAAGGGCAGCUUUGAUGUGGGUUCCCAAUAUCAUUACACAAUGGAAACUCAGUGUGCCGUGUGUAUCCCAUCUGAAGAUGGAUUGGAUGUCUACCCUGCCACACAAUGGAUGGACUUGACACAGAUUGCCAUAUCAGAGGCACUAAAUAUACCAGAAAACAGCAUCAACAUGCAAGUAAGGCGACUUGGUGGUGGUUAUGGAGCAAAGAUAUCACGCAAUACACUGGUGAGCACAGCCUGUGCAUUAGCUGCAUAUCUUCAAAACAAGCCAGUUCGAUUCAUAAUGACACUUGAAGCAAACAUGGAAUCAAUAGGGAAAAGGUUAGACUGUGCUAUGGAUUAUGAGGUUGGCGUAGAUGAUGAUGGAGUCAUAACUUAUUUGGAAGCAAAGAUGUAUCAUAACUGUGGUGCUCAUAGGAAUGAUAGUUCUGCAGGUAUUGCACUUGAAUCAUUCAAGAACUGUUACGAUAACAGCACUUGGAAUGUUACUGCUUACAAUGUCAUAACAGAUGUUGCACCUAACACAUGGUGCAGAGCACCAGGUACUACUGAAGGCACAGCAUUUAUUGAAAACAUAAUGGAGCAUAUUGCAAAGAAUCUUGAGAAAGAUCCAAUUGAUUUGAAAAUGAAAAACCUUGUGAAGGGUGAUACAUUAAUCGCUGAUAUGGUCAGUUACUGGAAGACUGAAACAAAUUACUUGGACAGACUAGCGGCUGUCAAAAAAUUCAAUAUGGAAAAUCGUUGGAGGAAAAGAGGAAUUGCAGUUGUCCCAAUGACGUACGGGUUUCAGUAUUUUGGAAAUUUCUAUGCCCAUGUGUCAAUUUAUGCUCGUGAUGGUACAGUUUCUGUGGCUCAUGGUGGAAUUGAGUGUGGGCAAGGAGUAAACACAAAGGUCGCCCAAGUGUGUGCUCAUGCAUUAGGAAUACCUCUAGAAUUUGUGAGUGUAAAACCAUCAAAUGUCCUGACAGCUCCUAACAACAUUGUGACAGGCGGAAGUAUUGCAAGUGAAUCAUGUGCAUAUGCAACAAUGCGUGCUUGUGAAGAACUAAUGAAACGACUGGCACCUGUAAAAGCCAAACUAGAAAACCCAACUUGGAAGGACCUUAUCGCUGCAGCAUAUUCAGCAAAUGUAGAUCUCUGUUGCAGUUUCAUGAUGUAUGCUGGUAUUGCAGACACAAUAACUCCAUAUAAAGUUUAUGGUGUUACUGUAGCAGAAGCAGAAAUUGAUGUACUGACAGGACAACAUCAGUUACUACGUAUAGAUGUACUGGAAGAUGCUGGUGAGAGUUUGAGCCCUGAGGUUGACAUAGGUCAAGUGGAAGGAGCCUUUGUUAUGGGCCUAGGCUAUUGGCUGGAAGAAUUCAUGGUUUAUGACGACAGUACUGGGAAGGCACUAACCAACAGAACAUGGAAUUACAAGCCACCUGGAUUUAAGGACAUUCCAAUAGACUUCAGAAUAAAACUAAGAAAAAAUGCACCGAAUCCUGUGGGUGUGCUUCGUUCAAAGGCUACUGGUGAGCCACCACUCUGCAUGAGUAUUGCUGGCUUAUUUGCAGUACGAGAAGCUGUAUUGGCUGCCAGACAGGAUGCUGGUAGUGAUGAAAAGUGGUUUGAGAUGAAUCCUCCUGCAACACCAGAGAGAGUUUUCCUCACAAGCAAGACUGACUAUAAAAAUUUGGUUCUGUAAUGGUAGGAGGUACAGAAUUCUGUUAAUGCUGGGAAAGAGAUACUGCUGACUGUUUCUAAACUCAAGAUGUUAAUUCCUGUUUAUAUUUUGUGAAAUAUUUUGUGCUGUUGCUUGUAAAACCUAAAAUUUUUCUUAGCAUUUAAUGUACAGAAAAUGUAUAUCCACUGUUGAAAUUUGGAAAAGAUUUUUUAUAUUGAUUGGAGAAUGUUGUAAAUAAAUGUCAUAUAAUUCUUGAAUAUUUUUAA